CAGUACACACCCUGAAAUACACACUCUCUAUAACACUACAACAUAGGUUACAUGUUCGAGUCUUCUGGACACAUUCAGAUGAUUUCAGGUUCAACUUCAGCCUUUCUGGACAAAUUUUCAUCUUGUUUUGGACAAAUCUUGAGUCUUUUUGGACACAUUUAAAGUCAUUGUGGGUAAAGUUUGAGUCUUCUGGGACAUUAUUGACUCUAGUGGUCAGGUUUAUGUCAUUCCGGACAAGAAUUCUGAGUUAUUUUGAGUCUUCUUGGACAUUUUUGAGUCUUGUUGGGCAACAAUUCUGAGCUAUUUCGAUUCUUUUAGGACAUUUUUGACUCUUUGUGGACAAUUUAGACUCCUUUAGGACAGUCUCAAGUCAUCUUGGACAAUCUUUAUCUUAUUGUGGACAAACUCAAGAUCAUUGUGAGUAAAUUUUGACUCUUGUGGUCAGGUUUAUGUCAUAUUGAACAACAAUUAGGGUCUUUUUGAACAUUUUUGGGGCUCUUUUGGACAAAUCUUUAGUCUUUUGGGGCAAUUUUAAGUCUUUGAGGUUAAUUUUGAGUAAUUGUGGGACAAUUUAGAGUCCACAAUUUGGACAACUCUUGAAUCAUUGAGGACCAUUUUUAUCCUAUGUUGGACAGCUUUUGAGUCAUUUUGGACAGUUUAGACUCCUUUAGGACGGUCUCAAGUCAUCUUGGACAGCCUUUAUGUUCAUGUGGAUAAUCUUAAAGUCAUUGUGGGGAAAGUUUGAGUCUUAUUGGACAUUUUUUAAAGUCUUAUUUUGGACAACUCUUGAGUCAUUUUGGGCAACAAUUCUGAGCUAUUUCGGUUCUUUCAGGACAUCUUUGAGUCUUUCUGGACAAUUUUAAAUCUUUGUGGACUGAGUCAUAUUGGAUAUUUUUUAAAAUCUUAAUUUAGACAAAUCUUGGAUCAUUGAGGACAUUUUUUAUCCUAUGCUUUUGAGUCAUUUUGGACAGAUCAUGAGUCUUUGUGGUAAUUUUUUGAGUCAUUUUGGGCAGUUUAGACUCCUAUAGGACGGUCUGAAAUCAUCUUGGACAAUCUCUCUCAUUGUGGAGCAGCUUAAAGUCAUUGUGGGUAAAGUUUGAGACUUCUUGGACAUUAUUGACUCUAGUGGUCAGGUUUAUGUCAUUUUGGACAACAAUUCAGAGUUAUUUAGGGUUUUUUUGACAAUUUUAAGUCUUUUUUGGACAAAUCUUGAGUCUUUUUGGGCAAUUUUAAGUCUUUUGGUCAGUUUUGACUCCUUUAGGACAGUCUCAAGUCAUCUUAGACAAUCUUUAUCUCAUUAUGGACCAGCUUAAAGUCGUUGUGGGUAAAGUUUGAAUCUUCUUGGGCCUUAUGUGACUCUUUUGGUAAAAUUUAUGUCAUUUUGGACAUUUUAUCUUAUUUUGGAUAAAUGUUGAGUCUUUUUUGACAUUUUUGACUGUUAUGGUCAGGUUUAUGUAAUUUUAGACAGCAAUUCUGAGUUAUUUAGGGUCUUUUUUUGGACAUUUUAGAGUCUUUUUGGACAAAUCUUGGGUCAUUGAGGACAGGUUUAUGUCUUUUGGAUAAUUCUGUCUCACUUCCACCUGGUUCCAGAUCAAGUCCAGGAAGAACCGGUGAUGGUUUGAAGCAUUUAAAAGGCUUUAUCUUCAUCUUCUUCAUCGUCAUCAGGCUCCCUCUGGUGGACGCUGCAGCUCAGACCAUCCUCUGACCACCUUAAAGAAAACUGAGGAGACAUUUAAAGCUCCAGAAUGAAAGCAGCGGUGAUGGAAGGUGGACCAGGCUGGUCUAGUGUCUCCAUGAAGGUCCUGUCACUGGUCUUCUAUGGAUGGACCCAUGAUUCUAUUACAUUCCACCAGCUGUUGAGGCUCUAAUGUCAGUACAAGGUUGACAAGAUGACUUUGAAUCUUUUGUUUUUGGACAAAUUUUCAGUAAUUUUGGACAAAACUGGAGUUAUUUAGAAAUAUUGUUGAGUCAUUUGGUGCUAUUGAGCCGUUUGGGACUCAUUUUGAUUCAUACUGAGCAGUUUCAAGACAUUUUUAUCAAGAUUUGAGUUGUUUAGGACAACAUUUGAGUCACGUUGACCUAAUCUGAGUCUUUAUUUGACUAUAUUGGGGUCAUAAUAGACACGUUUUGAGUCAUAUUGAGUAAUUUUGAGCCAUUUUGUUGCAUUUUUAGUAAAUUUUCACAAAAUUUAAGUCAUUUUUUAAUAAUUUUGAGUCAUGAUAAGCAGGUUUCAAGGCAUUUUGAUCAAUACUUCAGUCAUUUUGACCUAAUGUGAGUCUUUAUUUACUAAUACUGAGUCAUGAUGAGCAGGUUUCCAGUCAUUUUAAUCUAAUGUUGAAUCAUUUCUGACAGAUUUUGUGUAAUUUUGAUCUAGAUUUCAGUCAUGUUGGGAUAAUUUGUGUUAUUUUUGGAUAAUUUUGAGCCAUUUUAUGCUGUUUUUAUUAAUUUUUCACAAAAUUUGAAUUAUUUGGAUCCAAAUUUGAGUCAGUUUGGACACAUUUAGAGUCAUGUUUGGCUAAUUUCAAUCAUUUGUUACUCAUUUUGAGACAUGCUGAGCAGUUUCAAGACAUUUUGAUCAAGAUUUGAGUAGUUUAGGACAACAUUUGAGUCAUGUUGACCUAAUCUAAGUCUUUAUUUAGUAAUCUUGGGUCAUGAUAUUAAAAUUUUGAGUCAUUCUGGUCUAAUUUUGAGUCAGUUUGGGCAAGUUUGGAGUCAUGAUGAGCUAAUUUGAGUUAUUUUUAAAAUAAAUUUGAGCUAUUUUAUGCUAUUUCUAAUAAUUUUUCACAAAAUUUGAGUCAGUUGGGACUAAUUUUGAGUCAUGCUGAGCAGGUUUCAAGACAUUUUGAUCAAGAUUUGAGUUGUUUAGGGCAACAUUUGAGUCACAUUAACCUAAUCUAAAUCUUGAUUUUACUAAUUUUGGUUCAUGAUGAGCAGGAUCCAAGACAUUUUGGGCAAAUAUUGAGUCAUUUCUGACAGAUUCUGUGUCAUUUGUAUCCAGAUUUGAGAUAGUUUGGGUGAGUUUUAAGUCAUGUUGGACUAAUUUGAGUUAUUUUUGAAUAAUUUUGAGUCAUUUUGCACCAUUUUUAAUAUUUUUUCUCAAAAUUUGAGUCAUGUUGACUUAAUCUGAGUCUUUCUUUGACUCAUUUCAUGUCAUGAUGAGCAGGUUUUGAGUGUUUUGGGUCUAAUCUGAGUGAUUUCUGACAGGUUGUGAGUCAUGUUUGUGUAUCAGAGAGCGACAGACAGGUGAGGAUGCAGACAGACAGGUGAGGAUGCAGACAGACAGGUGAGGAUGCAGACAGACAGGUGAGGAUGCAGACAGACAGGUGGACAGCCUCCCCCCUCCUCCCCCCUCCUCCUCCUCCUCCUCCUCCGUUGCUGCUGCAGAGGCUCGCGCCCCUCGGUCCGGUUGUCGUCAUGGGAACGGUGCUGUCUCUGUCUCCGGGCUCGCGGAAAGCCGCGACUCGUGGACCGGAGAAGCUCUCGGUGCAGGAGCCGCCGGAGGAGGAGGAGGAUGCUGAGGAUGAAGAGGAGAAGGAGACGAAGAAGAAAAAGAAGAAGCGGCACGCGCUGCUGCUGCACGCGCUCACCUGGAAGAAGCGCCUCGUGGCCGCGCGAGCCAAGAGGAAGGGCGGCAAGAAGGUGAAGCCGGUGACCGAGCAGCAGCGGCGGGAGCAGCCCGACGCAGACGCCGGGCAUAGAGCGCCCAAGGCCGGACACAGGCACGGACCCAUCCCGGUGCCCGUCCCCACCGUCCCGGAGCGAGGCCACCGGCAGAGGCAGGGCCGGCCGGAGCUCCCCGUGUCCCCGCCGAGGGUGGUGGUUCAGGCGUCCACAGGUGAGCUCCUCCGGUGUCUCUCAGACUUCCUGGUUCGUCGUUGUGUCAAGCUGAAGGAGAUUUCGUCCAAUCAGAUCGUGGUUUGGUUCCGGACUGUGGACCGGGCACUGCUGGUUCAGGGCUGGCAGGAUCAGUGCUUCAUCAGUCCUGCCAGUCUGGUCUUCGUGUACCUGCUGUGCAGGGACGUGGUGGACGAGGACACGUCUUCAGAGCAGGAGCUCCAUGCCACCUUCCUGACAUGUCUCUACCUGUCCUACUCGUACCUGGGCAAUGAGAUUUCAUACCCUCUGAAACCCUUCCUGGUGGAGUCGAGCCGUGAUGCGUUCUGGGAGCGAGCGCUGGAGGCCAUCGAGCGUCUGAGCGGUGACAUGCUGCGCCUCAACGCCGACCCGCACUUCUUCACCGAGGUGUUCCAGGACCUGAAGAGACAGGGGACGAGGGAGGAGGACAGGGACAAAGACGCCAAGGAGGAAGGAGGCAGAGACGACCUGGACCGCUGAGAGAGAGAGAGACAGGAGACGCUAGUGUUCGUCAAUGAGACUCGCCCGGCGGCCCGCUGAAUGUAAACCGGUGGCUGGUCGCCGCCGUUACCAUGGCAACCGACGAGCAGCGACCCCCCGAGACGUGGACGCCCGCUCCCCCUAACUGCAUGCUGUCAAUCAAAGCCAACGCACCAUCGUGGACGUGUUACCAUGGCAACUGCACACGCAACCAACCGCCAGCCUUAUUUUUAGUUCCGCGGCAGGAAGUCGCUUCGUUCCUGAACUUUAAUUCACACGACAUGUUGGACUUCCUUCCUGAAUGUAAAUGGUUCCUUUCAGAAUAAAAGUCUGAACAGUU